AUUACCGAUGCACAGGUCAUGGGUCAUAUUAUGCCGGAAAUCGGAAGUGGUUUGUGAACGUUUUGGCAUUUUGGUGGGAAAAAUGAAGGAAAACUGGUGCUGUUCUGACGUUAAUUGGAAGCUAAGCAUUUAACAUAGUCUGCUCAGAUCAACGACAGACACUCAGCGCUGAUACCAGGUGCUAAUUCAGAUUCAACUGUUUUGUAUCUACUGGAGGCUAGCUGUAGGAUUACGAUAACUCAAGUGUCAAACAAAUCCGGAGUUUAAAUGGCAGCAAUGGAGAUCGAGGAAGAGAAUCCUGUCAAGAAUAUAUCUAAAAAAAUCUCGUGUCGGAAUCAGCAAAUCAAGACUCUGGUAUCGCUCAUAGGACAGCGAGAGCAGGUUGCUCCUCCUACCCUGUUCCUUUACGGACACACUGGUACAGGGAAGUCCCUGGUCAUCAACUCACUUCUCCAGACACGAGAGUUACCUCAUGUCAUGGUGAACUGUGUGGAGUGUUACAAUCAGAGGUUUAUGUACGAGAAGAUCCUCAACAAACUACAGGGUUUACGUUCUUACAUGAAUGACCCCGACUCCUACCUGAAGUGUGACAACAUGAACGACUUUAUCCGGAUGUUCCGGCAAGUGUGUGAGGAUCGCGGUCUGACCAAACAAACAGUUUAUAUUGUUCUAGACAAAGCAGAAUGUUUGCGAGAUAAGGAGAUCAACAUCCUACCAGCCUUCCUCCGACUACAGGAACUUACACAUCAAAAUGUCUGCGUCGUGUUGAUGACAGAGAUAGUUUGGGAGAAAUUCCGUACUGGCACUGGUUACUGUGAACCAUACAUACUUAACUUCCCAGACUACACAAAAGAUGAAGUGCUGACUAUCUUGACUGAGGACCGGCCUGAGGGUUGUGAGGCAGACUUCUACUCCAUGUACCUGAAUCUCCUUCUAAGUGUGUUCCACAUGGUGUGUCGGGAUCUCAGGGAGAUACGCUACCUGGCCUCGCUGAACUAUGACCAGUACUGUCAGCCAAUCAAAACCGGAGAUGUCUUAGCCUCAGACACUAGAAAGUUGUGGAAGAAUAUAGAACCACACCUGAAAAAGGCACUACAAACAGUUUACCUGAGGGAGGUGUCCAGUUCUCAGUGGGAGAAAGCACAGCAGGAGACUGAAAUCGGAGAAACGCCAUCUUUGCAAGGCUUGUCCUCCAGAAACCAUGUUGAGCUUCCCUACUACUCCAAGUAUCUGUUGAUAGCAGCCUACCUUGCCUCCUACAAUCCUGCCAAGACUGACCGCCGGUUCUUUGCCAGGAAUUCUGGCAAAGUAGACAGACGGGCCAAAUUGAUUAAGAAACAUGAAAGAACUAGUAACCACAUGCUGGGCCCUAAACAGUUUCCUAUAGACAGGCUGAUGGCAAUCUUUUUCUCCAUUGUGGAGGGAAAGGUAUCACCUACAGCGAACAUAUUUGUACAGAUUUCCUCACUGGUCAGUCUAAACAUGCUUGGACAAGUGGCUGGAGAUGACCAGAUAGACACGCCUAAAUACAAAUGUCUCGUGUCCUUGGAGUUCAUAAAAUCUGUGUCAAGAACCGUGGGAUUUGACGUUCUGAGAUAUUUAUAUGACUUUGUGUAGAAUGUGUUGGGCAUCAAUACUACGUCUCAACACCAGGUGGCACUACUCUGACUUGUUACUGGGGAUACCGCAGGAUCGUGACUCCUCGGCUGAGCCUACUUGCCCGUCAAAGGAUGAAUGAGUAAACAAGAAAAAACGGUUGGUGAUGUAAAGAGACCAUAUGACAUGGAAAUGCGCAGAUUUUCUUGUUUUGUUUACAUGUUUAUCUGUGAAGAAAUGCGCAGAUUUUCUUGUUUUGUUUACACGUUUAUCUGUGAAAACACAAAUUACAAAUUUCAUAACGUCAAAGGCCAUUUAGGAUGGGUGACAAAGACGUCUGUGAUACUAGUGGGCAAUUGGCAUUUUGCCUUUACUCAAGGAUUAAAAGCUUCGCAGAAGAAGAAAUGUUCAACAGGUUCUGACUUUUUAACAGGUACAAGUGUAAACAUUGUUUCAAUAUAGCAAGUGAACUUGGAUGCUCUCUUGAAAAACUGCAGAAAACAUUGUGUAAAUGAAGGAGAUGAAAGGUCAGCAGUUUGCCAAUACAAACAAGUUACAAAGGUCAGUUUGCCAAUACAAACAAGUUACAAAGGUCGGCCAUUCUUUCCUAGUGGUAUGAAUUGAAAUAGAAAAUGAAACUCCAUGCAUUUUGGAAAAUUCUUCUUUCUACUGCUUUAAUUUGUCAGGUUAAUAAAAUUGAUGUAUUUUGAAACAUGACGUGUUCAUUGUUACAGAAAUAAAAUUA